UGAAGAGGAGGAACUCAAGAGGAACACACACACCUCUCUUCACUCUGCUGCUGCACUACACGGCAGGAAAAACACUGUGGACGGAGGGAAGAGGGAAAACAUACAGAGUGGAAGGAUAUUUAUGCGUUUAGAGGACUAUUUUUUGUUGGGAGUUCCAGAUUUUGUCGGGUGCCGUUUCCGUUGCGCGCGCCAGCAUGUCAUGCGCCUUAACGGUCAUAAACCGUGAGUGUCGUGCGUUUUGGGAGCUUUCAGAUGGGAUGUAGCACGAGGUAAACCCACCUAAACCCACUUUGUAGAUUCAAAAGGAGUGUAGUGGUUUUUGUUAAAGGCGAAUUCACCAUUUGAAAGCCGAAGGUGGUUUGUGGAAAGAAAAACACUUCUCUGUAAGUCAGCUGACUUUUUUUCUUCUUUUUUUUUUACAUUGAUGGUGGGUUCACUUAAGAUGACCCCAGCCUGGAGGUCAUAACUUACCCUUAAUAAUUCCCGCCACAUCAUAACCCCCCACUCUAAUGAUGACUAUGAGCUCUAUAUCGGAUACUCUAGUCCCGCCUGAUCCAUCCAAAUCGGCGUUUUUGGAAUUUGGCGGCCACGGGUACCCCGGACACCAGCAGCACUCCCCCGGCUUGUCCCACAACCAUUACCCGGUCCACGGCCUGCACGCCGUCGGGCCCUCGCACCACGAAGGGCCCUUCGCCUCAGGGGCAUCAUCAUACGGUCGCCCGCUGGGAUACCCGCCUUAUCACAGUCCCGUGAGUGCGCAUCACCCCGGGGCAUACCUGCCCUAUCAGCACGGGGGUCACGGCGGCGCGCUGGGACACACCAGAUUGGAGGAUGCAGACCACGAGAAGCCCACGGCGGUGAUAGAGAACGGCGAGGUGAGGCUGAACGGAAAGGGGAAGAAGAUCAGGAAGCCUCGGACCAUUUACUCCAGCCUGCAGCUCCAGGCACUCAACCAGCGCUUCCAGCAAACCCAGUACCUCGCCCUGCCUGAGAGGGCCGACCUGGCCGCCAAGCUGGGCCUGACACAGACCCAGGUAAAAAUAUGGUUCCAGAACAAACGAUCCAAAUACAAGAAGAUCAUGAAGAACGGGCCCUGUGGACCUGAGGGAGAUCACCUCGCCCCCCCAGCACCAUCUUCCUCUUCUCCAUGCUCUCUGUGGGACAUCAGCAUGGCUGCGAAAGGCGCACCAGUGCACUCUGGAGGCUACAUGAACAAUUUUGCUCACUGGUACCCUGGACACCAGCAGGACUCCAUGCCAAGAACUCAGAUGAUGUGACGGAGAGGAGAUCAUAAAAUCUCCAGGACAAAUAAUGGAUUUACAACACGUUAACAGGAGCUGUUAGGGACACUGAAAUAGUUGAUAGGCUGAGCCAGUCUGGAGGCAAAAAUAAUAAAACUGGAUUAAUAGCAGAAAUUGUAGCUCAGGUCCUGUAGAUUUUGAAGUACUGGAGUUAAUUAAGGUCCUUACAAAUUUGUGAAAAAAAAAACACUUUUAAUUUGUUUUAUUUCUAUAAUACUUGUCUGAUUUGUGACAUCACAACCUCCACAAAAAAAGAAAUAUGGGUUAUAGUGCGUUAUUUGUUGUCUGUGAACUCACUGGGAUUUUACUGCUGUUCGUGUUACAGCUUAUUCAUUUGAAAUGAUGACCCUUUUGAUCUAAAAUUAGACUUCCAUGAACACAAUAAUUGGCAACAGUUCAUGAUGAUAAAUCACAUAGUGUAGCUUUACAGAUGGAGUAUAUCAGAGUAAGAAAACCAGUGAAUGGAAUUAGAAAUGUCUUUACGUAGCAAAAUUAGCCACCAUAAGCGAAAUCAUGGAGACUCACUUAAUAAAGCCAGUUAAGUUAUUUCUGCCUUCAGCAGAGCUCUGUUUUUCAAGGUCGUAACUUUUGGAUGAAGCUACAAUUCAAAACUUUCAAAUACCCCAACAUGCAUCUCUGUUUCUGGGCAUUUCAGGUUAUUUUUCUGUCUUGCAGGGGUGGGUGGGAAGAAGGUUAUUCAGGGCUUUUCAGAGUUUGUCUUUAUGGAACUUUUCUGAUCUAAUAAAGACAGAUCAAAUUAAAGGACUAAAGAAAGGAAGACACUUUAUUUGAUCCAGCUAUUGUGUGCAUUUUAUAAUUUCUGACAGGGUGUAACAUAAACCUUUAAAGAGCCUGUAUAAAGUCAGUGAGGCCAACAGGGGCUCUGAUAAGAUUAGCAAGAAGGGAUUCAAAGGUACUCAAAACCCCCCUUUCUAGGAGUGUAUGGGGGGACGGCACCAAACUGACAUGGCUGCUUCAUUGUAAGUCAAAUUUUAUAUGUAUUUUUUCAUGAAAAAAAUGUGUUGAUGGGUAAAAAAAUCAAGCCAAAAAUAAAAAUGCCAGAAUUGUAUUUAAAGUCAUAUUUUUAUAAAGAAGUUUCACCUGGUCA